AUGAUCUAUGAUAUUACAAAACCAAGAGAACAAGUGGCUGAUGCAAAGGCUCUGUUGGACAUAACGAAAUCCUUGGUAAUGUCUAUGAAGGGUCAUGCUAACGGUGGAGUCACUUCUUCAGAAUUUGUACCGCACAUUCUUGAAGAAUUUGGAGGACAGGGUGGAUCAAGAAUGGUCCCAUCUAUGCUAAAGCAAUGCAGAGGAAAGCUGUUAAACGUAGAAGUAGGAAGCGUAGGUCCAAGAGAAGUGGAAGCUGAUAUAGAUAAAAAUAUGUUAACGAUGUUUAACAUCUUAAGGAAAAAUAGCGUUGUUAAGCUUGAGAAUUUGAUUUUGAAUAGGAACUCCUUCGCUCAAACAGUGGAGAAUUUAUUCACUUUAUCAUUCUUAGUCAAAGAUGAGCGGGAUGAAAUAAAAGUGAACGAGGCUGGAUCACAAUUAGUAGUGUCACCCAGAAAUGCCCUUCUUGCAAAUGCAGUUCAUGCUGGGGAUGUUGCUUUCUAUCAGAUUGGAUUUUAA